AUGUCCCGACUACCUCAGAUAGCCUGUCGUGGCUUAACACGAAAUAUCAAAUCUUCUCCUCGCAGCUAUGCCACAUCAACAGAAACCCCCACACUCCGAACGGCACUCUUCUUCCCUGGGCACGGCGUACAACGAAAAGGUAUGACCAGACCUUGGGUAGAAGCCUUCCCCCAAACAUGCAAACCUUUCCUCGAAGAAAUGGACGAGAUCCUCGGCUGCAAACUAUCCACAAUGAUUGACGAAGGUCCAAUCCUGCAGCUAGACAAAAGUGAGAACGCCCAGCCAGCCAUCAUGGCUGUUUCGAUCAUGAUCCUUCGGGUGCUGGAAAAAGAUUUUGGAUUCAAGACCGACGAAGCUAUCGAUGUCACAUUGGGUCACAGCCUGGGCGAAUAUGCCGCACUGGUAGCGGCCGGCAAUCUCGAAUAUAAAUUUGCCUUGGACUUGGUACGAAGACGCGGCGACGUUAUGGGCGAGUGCACGCGAAAAGCAAAGGAAGAGUCGGGUGAAGACUUUGGAAUGAUCGCACUGGUUUGUGAACCCGAUCAGCUUGACUCGCUAAUAGCCGCGGUCAAGGAGUUCCUGGGCCAUAACAAUGAGGGCACCAAAGGUGACUCGAGUGAUCUGCCUGCCAUUCAACGGGUUGCCAUCGCCAAUGCCAAUUCCAAAAACCAGAUCGUGUUGAGCGGCAGCUUCCAACGCAUUCGAAAUCUACUGGUCCACAUCCGCGAGUUUGGCGGCCACGAUCCCAGAGCGGUGGAACUCAAAUCACGCUCUGCUUUUCACAGUCCCAUCAUGAUGCCUGCUUUUGAAUUCAUGAAGAAAGCUCUCACGCCAGAUAAGGUCACUUUCCCCGGACGAAUUCCCUGCAUCAGCAAUGUGACAGCACUUCCUUUCUCAUCCAAGGAAGAUCUCAUUCAGAACUUCGCAAGACAAGCGAUCGACACCAUCUUGUGGUGGGAUUCGAUCAAGUAUUUGGAUCGCCAGGCUGGAACUCGGCGAUGGCUCGGAGUUGGUCCUGGCAAGGUGGGACGGAAUCUGGUUUCGAAAGAAGUUGGCCGAUCUUCUGCCAAAGGAGGAGGCGUGUGGUCUAUUACCGAGCCUGACGAGAUAGAGGAAGCCUUACGAGGAUUAGAGGCUGCGGCUCAAGAAGAUGCAAAAUAA